AUGGCACCACCACCUAUCUGCCUCUUCAUAUUUCCAGUUGAACUAGCAUUCAAUUUUGUUGUCACUCCUCUAGCUUUUGGAAUGACUCAUGUGGACUACACUUGGCAUGCGUCCCAAUCAUCACUUUUCAGGACUGGCUCCAACACAGGUUCUAGUCAGCCCUCUCCACAGAUUUUAAACUCCGGUAGGGCCGGAAGUGACGAGAGUAGGCUCCUCCGACCAUCUCUCACCUCUUCAGUUAUGGAGGUUCUUCCCAACCCUCAAUCGAUGUACCAGAGCGGUCUAGUGUGUCCUUCUCGAGUGUCCGAGAAGAUCCAACAACUUGUGAACACCCUUAAGCGACCCAAACGCCGUCCUCUGCCGGAGUACUUUAUUGAUGAGGACGACCAGAUCCUUGUCCAGCCUGUUGUCGACCCCAACGCUCCGAAACCAUUGGGCGCUAUCACUGAACCUCUCAUCGGUGAAAAGCUCAUUGUUUCUUCGGGACUUCCAAGGAACAUUGAGUCAGCACUGCAGCGGUACGCAAGUGUGAUUGGCAAGACACCUGCUCUCACGUGUCUUGAGCCUUCGGGACGUUCUACGCAGGUGCUCUCCUACGCCAAGCUGCUGCAGCGCUCCAACCGCAUAGCCUUCCUCCUGCUAAAUAAACUCGGUCAUAGGGGCGGUCAGAGCCUAAAACCACGGGAUCGGGUAGCGCUGGUCUACAGUUCCAACGAUCCCAUUUCCUACCUCGUCGCUUUCUACGGCUGCCUUCUUGCCAGUGUCAUUCCCAUUGCCAUUGAAGUGCCCGGUGUCAGGAAGGUGGGUCGGCUCUUCCCCAUUUUUGCUUGUUUUUCGGUUUUCUGUUUUUGUCGUAAUGUCAUUUACUCUACUGGCAUUGUCAUAUGUGGUCAAGAUAUUUUAUCCGAAUGUUUGGCUUUAGAGUGGAACCUCUAUGUCGCUUGCUUUUCCCUGAGAGGUUUGUCUAAGGUCGCAUUGUGA